AUGGCCGAUUCAGGCGACUGGACCUGUGAUGCCAACGAUGCAGUCCAACUCACCCUAAUCAAGCCAGGAGAGCAAAAGCCAACUACAGCAGAGAUUUUCCACCCUCAAUUUACAUACCCAAUCUUCGGCGACGAGGAGCAAAUAUUCGGUUACAAAGGUCUCAUCAUCAGACUGCGCUUUGCGACACACGAUUUGCGCACUCAUGUUCACAUUUCGUACGAUGAGAAAUUCAAAGCUGUUGGUGAUGCGGCUGCAGUGGAUUUGAAUAAGACGUUGAGAGAAUGGGUUUCGGAAUCUGCCUUUACGAAAUUGUCCGACUACGAGAAUUCUGUUCAGAACGAUUCGAAAGCAAAAGACUUUACGCCACCCGGAAAACUUGUUCAUUCGUAUAAAUCGAAGAACAGAAAUUAUGAAAUAUGGGCCGGCUCACUUGCAGAUGAUGAUGUGCGCAACUUGCUUGGACGAGCACAGGUGUUUAUCCCAUUUUUCAUUGAAGGAGGGACACCGCUGGCUCUCGAUGACCCUGAGUGGACUUUGGAACGGUGGACUGUGUAUUUUGUGUAUGAGAAAGUCACACCAUCUACGCCAACGGCAUCUCGGUACUCUUUUGUAGGAUACUCAACUGUAUACCGCUGGUGGUUCUUCCAAGAGCAACCCGGAGAAAAAGUCGUCAAGAACGACGCCUUCCCAUAUCCCGAGGAAAUGCGGUUCUCGCAACUCCCCUCUCGCUCACGCAUCGCCCAAUUCCUCAUCCUCCCGCCACACCAAGGCUCCGGCCACGGUUCCCAACUCUACAACAUCAUCCACAAAGACUGCAUAGCCGACAAAACCGUCGUCGAACUAACCGUCGAAGACCCCAACGAAUCCUUCGACGUUCUCCGCGACUCUGCCGAUUACCACAACCUGUACCACGAAUUCCUCGACCAAGGCAUCAACAUCAACCCAAACCCAUACCCGAAAGAGACCGCCAAACGACGACCACGCAACAUGCCCACAUCCUCCUUGAUUCCUACCAAAAAACUCGCUGAAAUACGAGCCAAAUACAAGAUCGCACCCACGCAAUUCGCUCACAUCCUAGAAAUGUACCUUCUCUCUCGCAUCCCACCCCGCAAACGCGGAGGCGCAAACAUGGCCCGCCUACUCAUCAAAAAGCACAAUGCCAACGACGAAGAUGAUAGACGAUACUACUGGUGGCGCAUGCUCGUCAAACAGCGUCUCUACAAACGCUCCCGCGACAUACUGAUUCAGCUGGAACUCCAAGACCGGAUUCAGAAGUUAGAUGAGACAAUUGUAAACGUCGAAGAAGGGUAUGAUCAGCUAUUGACUGUAUUCGAUGCACGAGAGAAAGGCAAGGCAACGUUUGCCCCGGAUGUGGAUUCGGAUGCGGACCCUGUCAUGACCGCUGGGGGAGUUACUACGAUGGGUGCGUUGAGGGCGAAACGGAAGUAUGCGAUUGAAGAUGAGGAUGAGGAUGAUGACGAGGAGGAUGAGGAGUUGAUCGACGCGGGGCAAGCAGCGAAAAGGCCUAAGAUGUAA